UAUUUUAAGUUCUAAACUUUAGUUGAAUAAAUAAAUAAAUCAAAUGUUGGGGUAACACAGGCUAUUCAAAAUGCCACCCACAAUCCAAAACUCACCUGCAUCAAAAAGAAAAAACCGCGAAAAAGGCAAAGAAGGAUUCGUUUGUAAUGUUAAAUACACCAAUACACUGCCAGACAUCCCGUUCGAUGCAAAGUUUAUCACAUAUCCAUUCGAAGCCAACAGAUUUAUACAGUACAAACCGACCUCCCUGGAAAGAAAUUACAAACAUGAGUUACUCACUGAACCAGAUCUGGGUGUAACUAUAGACUUGAUUAACCCAGAAACGUAUGAUAUCGAUGUAAAUGCUGAGUUAGAUCCUUCUGAUGAAAGACUUUUGGAAGAAGAACUUGCUCCUCAAGCAGACCAGAAAAGACAUCGUCAGCACACGAAAACAGUGUCAUGGCUUCGAAAAACGGAAUAUAUAUCUACUGAAUAUAACAGGUUUCAAACAAGCAAUGAAAUGGCAGAAAAACAAAUUGCAUUUGGCCAAAAAAAGAAAUCAAAGGGAGCCAUUGAUCUUUAUAAGGAUCGUGACUCGCAAAUUGAGGCGAUAGAAGCAAGUUUUGAAGCUGCUAAGAAACCGAUUACUCAACACUUCUCUAAUCCACGUCUAAAACCUGUUGAAAUACUACCGUUCUUUCCUGAUUUCCAAUUUUGGCACAUGCCAUGCGCACAUGUUAUUUUCGACACUGAACCAACUCCACGUGGAAAAACAUCACCCGCUACUCUGCAACAGAUGUCGCUGGGAAUGAUACGAGGUAUGGAAGACGAAAGUGGUGACCAGUUUGUUGCUUACUUUCUGCCUACUGAUAAAACUCUAUCGAAACGUAAAGCUGAAUCGCAUGGUGAUGCUGCACCAACUGACGACGAAGAGUACGAUUACAAACUUGCUCGUGAAUAUAACUGGAACGUAAAAAAUAAAGCUAUAAAAGGAUUUGAGGAGAAUUAUUUCUUCGUCUUUCGUGAAGGAGAAGGUGUGUUUUACAACGAACUUCAAACCAGGGUGCGUCUAAACAAACGUCGUGGAAGAGGAGGCGCUGGAGGAGUAUCAUCAGCAGUUUCGAAACUCGUCGUGAAGAAUAGAGAACCAACAGAAAAUGAAAUUCGACUACAGAAUGCGCGUCUCGUUCAACUCGAAAACGUUGCCCAAGAAGAAGAUGACGACGAAGCCGAUGACAGUGACGCAGACGAACAACAAAGUGCUAAAAAUGCAGACCAGACUGAAAAUACAGAUCAAGGAGAGAAGACGAACGAAGAGGAUAAAGAAUCGGAUUCUGCAGAUGAUUUGUUUGGCUCGAGUUCGGGUGAAGACGACGAAUAAGACUAUUUGUUAUGUAAAAAUGACAUCUGACUUAAUGUUGACUCGGCAUACGCGCAGAACGUAUUUCAUAAUGUUAUUAUCGUGCGACAACGGAUUGCUGGCCAUAAAAACUUGCAAAUUAUUUGUAUAUAUUUAUAUUUCGUGAAAAUAAACUUAUGUGUAAUUUUAGUUACAUCAAGGUAGCUACACAAUUCCACGUUGCGAAA